AUUCAUCGUGACACAUAUUAGCACAUGACGUAAAAUUAUAAGGGGAUAUUAUACCUGUAACUGGUUGUGGAAACUGGUAAAACGUUAUGCAUCUCAAAUUGUACCAGGUCUUGUCACUGUUGGUUGCAGCAGGUGUGGUGCGUACGCAGACUCAAUACUUCGUCGGUGUGGGGAUCGCUGAUGUUACUGGACCCGCGGCAGAAAUUCCAUUGUAUGGCUAUGCGGACCCAGGUCAAACAGCUAAGGGGAUCCACACUCGACAGUACUCCCGAGCGUUUAUCAUCACAGACUCCUCAGACGCCUCUGGUAAACGAGUAGUCUUCGUUAGUAUCGACAAUACAAUGGUAUCUACCAUCCUCAAACAGGCUGUAGCAGAGAGACUUGUGCAACUCUAUCCUGACCUUUACAACAAUGACAAUGUGAUGUUGUCAAGCACUCAUACCCACUCCACGCCAGGAGGCUUCCUUGGUUAUACCAUGUACAACAUACCACAAGCGGGAUUCGCACAUGAAACAUUCAACAUUCUUGUCAACGGAAUAGUUGCAAGUGUCCAGCGUGCACAUGCAAAUAUUCGGCCCGCCAACCUUUUGAUAGCAGAAGACGAACUUCUUGAUGCUAGCAGUAACCGUUCACCGUAUGCAUAUGAGCAGAAUCCUGCAGGAGAACGUGCACGGUACACGCAUGAUACUGACAAACAAUUUGCAGUUCUGAAAAUCGUAGAUAUGGCUGGGAAUGAUAUGGGUAUAAUCAAUUGGUUUGCUGUCCAUACCACAGCUAUGAAUAAGACCAACCAUUUAAUCAGCGCCGAUACGAAGGGUUAUGCCUCCUACCUCUUCGAGAGAGACUUCAACAAUGAGGGUCGGGAGGAUCCACCAUUUGUAGCUGCAUUCGCACAGGCCAACGAAGGAGACAUAUCUCCUAACACAGCCGGAGUGAGGUGUCUGCAAACAGGUGGUGAAUGUGAUUACCAAACAAGUCAGUGCCCAACAGAUGGUGACCAGUGCGUAGGAAUAGGAAUCGGUACAGAUAUGUUUGAUACGACGAAAAUCAUCGGUGAAAGACAAUACAACAAAGCAAAGGAGAUGUACCCCAGUAUAGAAAGAAGGGUUACUGGAAGUGUAGACUUCCGCCAUCAAUGGGUCGAUAUGUCAGACCAACAACUAAGUGGCGGAAGAAACACAUGUCCACCAUGUAUGGGAUAUAGCUUCGCAGCGGGUGCCACUGAUGGUCCAGGGGCCACGGAUAUAUUUCAUCAAGGAGACACAGAGGGAGACCUUCUCAUUGAUGGAAUUCGGGAUGCCAUAUUUGGUGAAACUGAGGAAACCACAAUUGACUGCCAGGAACCCAAACCAAUCCUUCUGGCCACUGGGCAGUACGAUACUCCACUACCAUGGCAGCCUAGCAUAGUCCCAGUGCAGAUAUUCAAAGUCGGAGAUCUGAUCAUAUCCUCCCUCCCAUCUGAAGUCACUACCAUGGCCGGGAGAAGAGUUAAAGAAGCAGUGAAAAAUACUUUGGUCGCUGAAGGAUAUCCAUCCAAUCUUAUGUCAGUUUUUACGGGACUUGCCAACACAUAUUCUAGUUACACUGUUACCUUUGAAGAAUAUCAGGUACAGAGGUACGAAGGAGCAUCUACCAUAUUUGGACCCCAUACACUUGAAGCUUACAUCAACAAACUCAAUGAACUUGCAACCUCCAUGGCAAGGGGAUUGGCUGUAUCACCAGGCCCGAGUCCUCCAGAUCUAAGAGGGCAGGUACCGGAGAACCCUGAUCAACCUGCGCAAUGGGACGAACCCGUGUCAGCUAGGUCAUAUGGGGAGGUUUUGAUACAGCCGACUAAUUCAUACAACCAGGGAACCACCGUUUCUGUAACAUUUGUCACUGCCAACCCAAGACAUGAUCUGAUGACGGAUAACACAUUUUUGCGAGUGGAACAAAAUGUGAACGAGGCAUGGCAGACAGUAUUUACUGACCGUGACUGGGAAACAAGGUUUUAUUGGGACCGAGAAUGCAAUGGGAUACCGUGUACAGAUGAUGACACACCGGAAAGGACGAGCAUUGCGAGAAUCACGUGGGAUAUCCCAUCCAAUCAGGCACCAGGAAACUAUCGUAUUAGUCAUUAUGGCCACCAUAAGACUGAAUUGGAUCAAGUCGUAGCUUUCACUGGUACAUCAAACAUAUUUACAGUGAAUGCAAACAAGGAUGCCGAAAAAUCCGGGACAAAAGAAGAACCAGGAACAAAGGCCCCAAUGUCCCUAAAACCUGUGACUGGAGGCUUAGAAGGCAACAGCGGUGUACGACAUGGUGCUUCUAUCCUUCUCUGUAUUUUUAUGUUGCUUAAACAGCUGAUAUAAACAUUUAUGGGAAUGUUUUAAGGGUGGUGGUUCGAUAGACAUUUGAGAUAAAAAAAAAGUUACUGCAAUAAGUUUGAAAAAGGUACAACAAUAAAUGUAACCGGUUAUUUAUUUUAAUGUAAAACACAAACACUCAAAAGGAACAAUGCAUUUUCUUUAAAGGAAACUGCUUUAAUUGUAGCUAGUAGUCAAAAUUGAAAUAAAAGCUUGGUUUAUGCAGCGCCAUAUUAUUGUACAAAAUUCGUAUACUCGUAAGCUUUAAUAGAAAAAAAUUAUUGCCAUCCCUGAAUACAUAAAUGUAUUUGUUAUGUGAAAUACUGUUGUUAUAAAAGUCUCAGUCACAUUUGUCCGC